AGUCUUGAAGCUGAAACUUAAGACUUGAAGCUGAAGCCCCGAAAACAACAAAGCGUGUUUAUCCUCUUAAAGAAGAGGAUAUCCAGUUUUUGUUUGUUUGUUUGUUUGUUUGUUUGUUUCUUCUGAAAGUUUCCUGAGAAUAACGUGGACUUUUCUUUUUAUUUUGGAAAUGUGCGUUACCGAGAGGGCUGUCAAGUCUUUUGGAAGUUAGUGAACGUGGAGCGUUGUGUGGUGCAGACUGUCAUUAAGAGCAGUUCAGAGAGAGAGAGAAAUAAAAAAGUUUCUGACACAAAUGUUGGUAGAACAUGUUGAGGACCGAGACUUUUCACCGCGCAAACGGGACUUGUUUGAGGUCCUCUUAAUGUCGGAAGAAUAUGAGUUACUGAAACAGCUUUAAAUAACAUCUUGUCUUAAAGGAUAGAUUCUGGUCUCCUGGCUCCCAGUUUCAGAGCAGAUGUGGGAGGAGAACCAUAGCCCGGGUGCCAGCUUGCCUCAGCCUCCAGAUGGUGCCCAUCUCGGCCCAGAGAGCUCACCAGAGGAGUGCUCCAAUGGCCCAAGCUCAGGUGGAGAUGGAAGUGGCAGGAACUCAGAGCUGGAGCCACGUAUGGAGGAAACAACAAACAUGGACAAUGUCGACAACAACAACAGUCUAUCACAGCUGGAUUUCAGCAACACAUCCAGCAAAAGCAUCACAUGUCAACCUCAGGCCAGGUCUACACCCCUGCACAAGUCGUUAACCAGCCCCUCGGAGUCUGCAGCACUUAUGAAAAAUGGCAAGUCUCUGAAACACCAGGUGCACAGCAAUGGCGUCAAGAGCGGCGCAGCAAUCUUGCGGGCAGCGGCGUCGACAUCCUCAUCUUCGUGUGCACAUCAUAAGACCCCCAAAAAGUUGCAAUCAAACCCGUCGAUCAACAGCCAGAGCAGCAAGAGAAGUAAAGGAAGCUCCAAGUCUAACAGCUCACAGAUCCCCACAGAAGCCCAGGAUGACUGCUGUGUUCACUGCAUCCUGGCUUGCCUGUUCUGCGAGUUCCUAAUGCUGUGCAACAUCGUGCUGGACUGUGCAACAUGUGGCUCCUGCUCCUCUGAUGAUUCGUGCUUCUGCUGCUGCUGCGGCUCAGAAGAAUGCGGAGACUGCGAGCUUCCGUGUGACAUGGACUGUGGCAUCAUCGACGCCUGCUGCGAGUCGGCCGACUGCCUAGAGAUCUGCAUGGAGUGCUGCGGCCUCUGCUUCUCUUCCUGAACCUCCUGUAGGGGUCACUGCAGUGUCCGCUCAGAACUUCUUGUGAGAAGUUACACGUGGGAAAUUCAAUCAGAGGACUCCUGACUCACUGGGCUUCGAGGUUCGUUUCCCAAUGAGAAGCAUGACAAAUCCUGUAAGGAAGAUCUGGUCUGUGUUUCCGAGCUUGCUGAUUGGGUUCCAGUUCAGUCUGCUUGAAAGUCAGUGACUUUUAGCCUCAGAUUUUACAAGAAUUCUGGGACACUGGCUUUUUUUGCAGUCUGCUUUAAGACUCUCCCUUCUGAUCCAUCUUCUGUAGUCCAACAUGAUUGGGAAAAGACAUCUUUAAGACAUAGAUACUUGCUAAUGGUUGCAGAUGUUGUAGGCUAAAUUGGCCAAUUUCACUCCUUCAUAUUGCAUUACAACUUACACAUUUAUUCAGAGAAUGAAUAUCACCAUCGCUGCUUAAUAUUUUGGUGCACCAAAUCCCAGUGUGAAAAUUCAGCAAAAAUCUGCACAUUAUUAUUAUUAUUAUUAUUAUUAUUAUUAUUAUUAUUAUUAUUAUUAUUAUUAUUAUUAUUAUUACAUUUCACCUUUAACAGUCCCACAUUUCAUUCCCAAAAAAUGAUGCUUGAAUGAGAACUCACUGGCUUCUUUUUUUAAAUAUGAUGUCAUCUUUUUGAAGCAGCUUCCAUUUAUAUUCUCCAGGAAACUGUAACCAGAUUUGACUUCAUCGAUUUGGCGACGCUGACGGCACUUUUCUGUCUUCUAAGACACUGACCCAAUGUACAGUAAUGCAAAAGGGUUCCUUCUAUAUAUGCACACUUACUGUAACACUCUGCUGUCCAUAAACUGUGAGCACAGGACUGAAGUGGACAGGAGUUGGAGAAAGGGCUGUGUUUAUUUAAAAAUUUUAUGCAAUGCACAGGUUUGAUGAUUAUUGUAUUUACUCAUGUGAACAGAGAGAUUUGUUGCUCUCUUUAUCCUGUCCUGUGAUAUUUUCAGUUUGUUCGUUUUUACUUUUGUUCCUUUUCUUCCAAUUCUAUUCUAUUUCUUUUUUCUUUUAAAGCCCUGUUCCAAAUGGCCAAAAUACUGUGCAAGCCUUGCGUAUGUUUUUUCCAAAAGUACAAUUGGAGGCAAGAAAUUAAGAAAAAAAAACUUUUAAUUUUUAAUUAAAUUUUAAAUUCUUGCUUGAAAUUAAUGUUAUUGCUUAAAAAAAGAAAAGAACAGACUCCAAUAAUAAUUAAUAUUAAUUCCAAAUUUUGCCCAAAAUUUCAGUUUCUGCUAAUAAAUUUCUUUCUAAAAUGCCAGCAUCCUUGAUUAUUCUGUCAUUUGAUUACAUCCUUUGUUAACAGUUUCAGUAUACAGUAUGUUUGUUGUGAUCAUGAAAGUUCUAAAAUUGCUGAUAUCGGUAAACAUGCAUUAGUUUGAAACUGAAAAACACGAAUGGCUGAUUCUUUAUUUUUCAAGAUUCUAUGGUGAUGCAAAUGUUUCAGCUUAUUUGUUUUAACAUGUGUUAAUUUCAUUUGAGUUUAGCCUACACAUCAAGUCUUAUUAAUAGAAGCUUCUUAUUGUAAGAAGCCCGAUAUUUGUUUUAAUUUUUUUCUUCUCUUUCUUCUUUCUUUUUUUUUUUGUUAGCAGUAACAUCAAAUUAGCAAAUCAUGUUGUAGUAAGUAGUCGAUAAUGUUUACAUCUUGAUGACAAUCUACAAAAAAAAAAGGAACUGGAUAUUAAAUAUAGAAAAUAAACAUAAACUUGACAAAGAGACUAGAUAUGUAAAAUUCUUCAUAUAAACUAUGGAAUAAAUGACAGUGUUGAAA